GUUUUUUCCAUCGUUCGGCUCUAUAUAUCAACCACUGAGAACAACAAAAAAAGGCCUGGUGUGUGUGCUUAGAAAGAGCCCAUCAAGCAGUUUUUUUCCUACUACUUUGCCUGGUUAUUAGGCCAGAAAGGGGGAAAUUAGGCAGAAAAAGGAUGAACAGGAAAGAGCUGAUGAGGGACCGCGGCUUGACGAGGUUUUUGCUGCGCACUUCAACCAAUUUGAGCGUCGGCGACGAAGGAAAAGUGAUCAUCAACUUCGAAGAGGCUCUGUUUGCUAUGCUCGAACAAGACGGGAAAAGCUUUGAGGAACAAGGAAUCCGUCGCGACGACCCGAGGUUGAGGACGAUCAUCGACACCUUGUCGCAAAUGUCGUUGAAAAUGAGUGUCGACUCUGAUCUCGGGGAACCGGUGCUUAUAGAAAACCUGGCCAUUGACAAAACUUCCUUCAUCAAAAUAGUCAAAAACAACCGGAUGAUCUUCUCAAAGUCCUUCCGAGCCGCCUUCGUUCUCCCGGAGUUUCGCCAUUUCUCAGCCACCAUCAAACAAUUUUACAACGAAUGCAAAGAAAUCCCGACACAAAACGCCGUAGUUUACAAUCGCAUUCCGCAAACUGCCAAGGCCGAUCCCGGGGCUUUCGGGGUCGCAGUUUGUUCCAUCGACGGUCAGCGAUUCUCUGUUGGAGACACGAAAACCUUUUUCCUUUUGAUGUCCAUGAGGGUCCAGCGUUCAUCAAAAAGCGGAAUUCGAAGGAACUCGACCACGGAGCUUCAAAACAGAAUUCAGAACCUCAACCUGAAAAGUAAUGCCCCUAUUCAACUGAGCAAUCCCAUGCUCGCGGAUCUCACCUUCGCAGAUCCGGAAUAG